GAGGUUGAGAGUAGGUCGAUACCACGAUCGUUUUGUGGCAGAUACAUACAUGAGGAUGACGAAAAGUUGUCGAUGUCUCUAGCUACUUUCACACAACUAAUGUAACCUUAUCCGGAUUGAGAAUAUUAAGUUCUCCAUCAAAAAUUCUCAUCGCAGCUUGCAUUUUCUUACGGUGAAAAGGAGCUUUCUAUCAUUAGUAUCGCAACAUAUUGGCACAUCGGUUUAGGUCGAAAAAAUCUUGCAAUAUGUCAACUCAACGUCCCAAUCGAAAUAGUGAAAACAUUCGAACUUAUUCCACAAGUGCCCUCGAAGGACAAACGGACAAUACCUUCAAAGAUAGCAAUGGAACUCCCCAUUCUACAAACGAGAAGUUGACAAUUGCCAACAAUGGCAAAAUCACAUUUCGAGAGAGGAUUCAUCAUUUUACAUGGGCGUGGUUUACUCUUACUAUGAGUACUGGAGGAAUCGCUCUAUUGCUCGCGAAUACACCACACAAAUUCAAUGGUCUAAUCAUCUUGGGGGACAUCGUUUUCAUUUUGGAUUUAUGUCUUUUCAUUCUCUUGUGUUCUGGGAUUUCGGCACGAUUUAUAUUAUAUCCCAAGGCAUUUUCUGCCUCAUUGCAAGAUGCUACCGAAUCUCUCUUCUUCCCAACAUUUUGGAUUUCAUUGUUGAGUAUCAUUGCAAACACGCAAUUAUAUGGCGUUCCCCGUUGUGGUCAAUGGCUUAUCACCACUCUCCGAGUCAUAUUCUGGAUCUACACGGCCCUUGCAUUCUUUUGUGCUGUCGGUCAAUAUUGCUACCUUUUUGCUGCCAAACAACAAACGCUCCAGUCCAUGACUCCCGCCUGGAUUCUUCCCAUCUUCCCUGUUAUGCUUUGCGGAACUCUCGCAUCCGUUACAACAGGGUCUCAAACUCCCGAACAUGCACUUCCCAUGCUGGUCGCUGGAAUCUCGUUUCAAGGAUUGGGGAUUCUUGUCGCGGUCUUUAUGUAUGGACCUUAUAUUGGACGAUUGAUGACCAAUGGAUUGCCAGAACCCAAUACGAGACCGGGAAUGUUCAUUGCAGUUGGACCACCAAGUUUCACUGGGUUAGCAUUGUUGGGCAUGAGUGAGAACUUUUCUAAAAUAUACCCGGCAUAUACUACUAUAUCAUCUAUCACGAACCCAGAUAUCAUUGCCGAUAUAUUCCGAAUUAUUGCAGUCUCUGCUGCAGUAUUCUUAUGGGCUACAGCAUUUUGGUUCUUUUGCAUUUCCGUAGUGUCUGUUUUGGCGGGCGCAAAAGAUAUGAGUUUCCACCUUGUGUGGUACGCUUUCGUUUUUCCAAAUGUGGGAUUCACUAUUGUUAUCAUUAAUAUCGGGAAGGCAUUCAAAAGUGAGGGCGUGCUUUGGGUUGGGAGCGGGCUAACAAUUAUUCUUGUAAUUGUCUGGUUGCUGGUCUUUGCGGCGCAUAUUAGAGCUGUGGUUUUAAAGCAAGUUCUAUGGCCUGGUAAGGAUGAGGAUAAGGGAGAGAGAAAUGAGUGAGGUGGUAUAGAUGUAAUGUGGAUUACUAGAGCCUGGACAUGUUACCAUGGCGAAGGGACUAUGGUCGUUAGGAAUUGGCAGGAGUUUGAAUCACAUAUGGUUGAUGGGCCGAGAUUAAAACAACACGGCUAUUCAUUCUAUAUGCAUCAAACUAUUCAAACCUCAUUCGUCCUAUAUCGCCGGUCUUCGCACAACGGUUCACCCUUUUCAAUUACCUUGAAGUGGGCGUAGACCGACAGUCAGUUCAAAAAGAGCUUGGAGAUCACGGAUUUCAUUAGGACUCAAUUCCCCUAAACGUGAUAAAAUCUCUCUCGGCGAAUUUUCAACACUCCGAAUACUUUGCUCUUGCACCACUGGAGUGGGAAACCCAGGCUCGCCACUUUCAUCCCAAUCAUUUCUUGGAUCUGGAAAUAGUUGUGGCUCGCUUUUCUGCCGGGAAUUAUCUGGCGGAAGCGUCAUAGAUUGUGAUGACCUAUGGCAACUGCAUCGGAAAUAAGCUUUCAUUUCGACAUGUCCUGGAAUGUUGUUUUCGAGCAAAUCAAUUCGUUCAUGAAGUUUAUGUAUUUCGGUCACUAGAUCAAUUUCGUCAUUGGAGCUGUUGUUAAAUUCAUUCCGAGGUGGGUAGUUGGGGUCAUUAGAUGAGGAGCAAGAUGGCGACGGCGGUACAUUUCCCCCCUCAUCAUUCUGACUGAUGUGAUGAUCUUUUCAACGCUGAUCCGUACAUAUUGGGAGUAGGAGAUAGACAUCAUCUUGAAUCUGGUUCUGUGAAAGCCGUUCAUCAAUCAUAUCUCUGGCGCCAUUUGGAAUGAGCAUAGGAAUGUGUGUUCUUGAAGUAUCAUCAUCAAUCACUGAUUCUUCGUCACACGCUUUAGGAUAAUUGUAUAAACCAUCUUGAUUCUUCUCCCGAACACAAGAUCGUACACUUCGUGCCGCAUAAAUGUUGCCAGGAUGCGAGGAUACUUGUGGUUCGGGACAGUACUUGAAGUAAGUGUACGAACUACCUGGAUUUGGCAAUUCAAAACAAGAGCCUAUACGUCGAGGAAGACAAACUUGGCUGGGUUGAGAUAAUCUGGAUGGGCCGGAGCAUGGCUGUAGAUCUUCUUAGAGAGACGAGUUCGUGUCAUUUAGUUCGUAGGGAGCUCCUUGACGGAAGGCUUUUUCUCUAGCGGACAUUAUUGGUAUUGGCUGGAUUGAAGGAGGUUCCUUGGUCUUCUUGUGCACUUGUCGAUGUGAUGCAGAAAGUGCGUGGGUGGAUAAUCGCGGAAUAAAGACGGACAGAUGGUUUAUAUAGAAAGAUGAAUACUUACAGACAUAGAGUAACA